UUCUUCUCCUCCUUCACAUUUUCGAAGAAUCCAGAACCACCGCCUCUGCUCUUCUUCGAUCUCAGCUUGUCCACAGCGUUCUCCAUCCUUCCUCUUCAAUCUUUAAAGGCACCGGCAUGGGUUUAUUAGAGAGCGCCGUUCGUCGUUGCUGCCACAAGUUUCUCCCCUUCCCUGUUCUGUCAUCAUUCAGUUGGUCCCCUGCACUUGUGUUUGAGUUGGUUGCUGUCAGUCAUUAUUCCUCCUCUGCCAGGCAGCUUGUCGAUGUCAACAGGUGCGAUCGCUCUAUUCACCGCUGCUGGGAAAUUUCACCUUCUCCUCUCCUGUCCGAGCUGCUGUGGUUCAGUGUACAAGGUUCCUUUCCUCUUCCCCUGUACAGCGUGAUAGAUUCAUCCUUCUUCCUUCUUUGUUCUGCCGUGGUUAAUAUGAGGAUGUGCGAAAAAAGGGGGGAUCUUGAUAGGAGUUGAAAGGAGAAAACCUUUGAAAUUUGAGAAUAUUGCAGGUAAGUGGAUAGCGUCCCAACUGAUUUUUUUUUAAAUUUCCUUUACUAAAAUAUUACAUUAUUUUUAAAAUCAUUUUAAUAGCAUUAAUGUGAUUAUUGGAUAUUUGUUGAUUAACAUUUCUUUAUGAUUGAGAAAUUAGCUUUACCAAAUUUGAAAUGUUAUUUGAUCAAUUAAGUCAAGUUUGAACUUUGAUUAUGAGAUUUUUAUUUUAUCAAAUGUUGAAUUGAUACAGAGAAUGAUUCAUGCGAGUUCGACGUCGAAUUUUUUUCAAUAAAUGCAAGCAUGAGCAUCUGAUAUGAAAUUUGAUUCUGGCAAGUUUUAAUGCCUAAAAGUAUUCAUGCGAGUUUGAUUUUGAGAAUGAGAACUGUAUCUAAAAAGUGAUAAUUUUCUCGCAUGUUUGAAAAUGAUUUUAAAAGGGGACUUUAUAUAGAACAUUGGUUGCUAACGGCAGUUCCGUUAGCCCUUGGCGCGCCAUGGUACACCUAGCUAGCAGGGUGUUUAUAGGAGGUGCUAGCCCCGUGCGAUGGCCAACGCACGUGGAACGGAGGGAUGGUUAUUCGUGAGCAUCGUACUCACGUUUGUUUCGUGGCUUUGGCUGCGUUUGGUUACAUACCCUCGUGGACUGUGUGUCCACGUUUGUUUCGUGGUUUUGGCUGCGUUUGGUUACUUACUCUCGUGGACGGUGUGUCCACGUUUGUCUUCGUGGCAAGAGCCGCAAUUGGUUAUUUAUCCUCGUGGACUUUGUGUCCACGUUUGUUAAUUGUUCUGAUAAGUCCCUAUAAUAUGAAUUUGAUUAUUUGAUGAUUUUACAUUCCAUUGGUUUUUAAUUAGUGAAUUAUUUAGAAUUAUUUAUUUUAUUUAUUUACUUUCUUACAAUCAAGUGAUAAUAAUAUUUGAUAUGAUAUUUUAAUAAUUCAAGAUUUUAUUUAAACUUUAUAAAAUUAUUUUAUUUUUGAAGUUUAUUAAAUUUUUAUGAAAAUCGUUGUUUUUUUUAAUUGCAUUGCUUCAAACUUUUCUUUUAUUCAUGUUCAAUUAUUUAUUGUUGGGACGUUAUUCACUGGAAAAGAUAUUUUGGUCUCAGAUGGUAUAAUUGAACUCGUGACUCGAGAUAUUCGCUGAGGAGUUUUAUUGCUGAAUUGAAGCAGAAGAAUUAUUUUAGUCAAAUCCUAAUUUGAUGAAAAAUUUGAACUUUAUAACUACGUUGGUGUCUGGCCUUAGGUGCUCCACAUAUACUACAGGUAGGAUCCUUACAUUUCUUUUAAAAUUGAAUAUCUGAUUUAAUAUUGUAACAAUUUUUUUUAUUUACUCUAUUAGUAUGUUUAAUAUAUUAAUUUCAGAGUUUCUCCGAUCAAGGCUUAAGGGACAUGAGUUUUGUACCCAUAUCCCGUGCCGGUCACACCUGAUUUUUGGGGUGUG